UCUUUCUUCCUUCUUCUCCUUUAAUUAUCUUUUCCCUUUCUUUCCUUUCUUUCUUUCUUGGCUCCGCUGGUACUCUCCCUGUGAUUCUACACCACCAUUUUCUCUAAAGCCCCAUUAACCUUUACAAAAAGCAAAGGAAAAAAAACAUGGUUUUCUCCUCAUUUCCAGUCUAUUUAGAUCCUCACAAUUGGCACCAGCAGCAGCAACAACCAAAUCAACAACAAGGAAUAAUUAGUGCUCCGCAUGAUCAAACUCCACAGCUUCCAUCUCUUCCUCCUCAGCCUCCUCCGGUGGCGGCUGGUUCAGGCUCAAUCCGACCGGGGUCGUUGGCUGAUCGAGCCAGGCUAGCAAAGAUUCCACAGCCAGAAGCAGCCCUCAAGUGCCCUAGGUGUGAGUCCACCAACACUAAAUUUUGCUAUUUCAAUAACUACAACCUCUCUCAACCGCGCCAUUUCUGCAAGACAUGCCGGCGGUACUGGACUAGAGGAGGUGCCCUAAGAAAUGUUCCGGUGGGAGGCGGUUGUAGGAGGAACAAGAAGAGUAAAAACAGUGCCAAGUCAUCACCAGCCUCAUCCAGUGAGAGGCAAUUAGUAGGUGGUUCAAGCUCCACAAGUGCAAUUACUCCAGAGAUUAUCGGUCAUUUGCCUCAUCAUCAACAAGUUUCUCAUCAAUUUCCUUUUUUGGGAUCUUCGCCCAAUAUGACUCAGUAUAGUGUUGGGAAUCUUGGCUUGAAUUUUAGCGGAAUUCAGGGAAACAUUGGAGCUACAAACGGCGGUGUCGGUGGCCAAACUGAUGUGGGUUUUCAGAUAGCACCUAAUUCAGGAGGAAUGCAACAAUUUCCAUUCUUUGAGGCACAGACAGCAGGCUUGUUUUCGUUUCAAAGUGAAGGAGUACUGGAAGGAGGGUCUUCCAUGGUUGGAGAUAGCCUGCAGCUUCGGGCAAUGACUAGUACUUCAAGCUCUAGGGUUUCUCAGCUAGCUCCAGUGAAGAUGGAAGAAAACCACCAUGGGGGGUUAUCAAGGCAACUGUUGGGUAAUUUAGAGAGUAAUAAUCAGUAUAAUUGGAGUGGUGGAAAUACUUGGACGUCGGAUUUAUCAGGUCUCGGUUCUUCCUCCAAUACUCACCUGCUAUAAGAUUGAUAAUAUCUGGAUUGCAACUCUCUAACCCACCAGAAUUGGCCAAUAAUUAAGAUGGUGGAACUGGAUUAAUCUCUUCUUGAUCAGAUCACAGAUAGGGGGAUCCAAGGUAGAACUCGGGUUUUAUUUCCUAAUUAAUAAUUUGUUGCUUUUAAUUGGUUGAAGACUAUUGAAGUUGUGUUGUUAUAUAUUGUAUUUCAAUACGUGGAAUGUGUGUGAUCGUGAGAUCGUCAUUGGUGUC